CAUCACUGCACUGCAGUGACAGAAAUUCACCUGAUGGAUUUGUCCUUUAUGCAACUCUUUCCAGUCCAUUUUAAGCACAGUUACUUGGCACAGGAGGCAAACGUGGAAAUGGUGGUAGAAAAGAAAAAGAAGAAAAAGCAAAGGGGGAAAUAUUCAAGAAGAGGCAAAUCUACAUCUCCAAUGGCUAUUCCGCCAGCAUAUGUGGACCUUGGCAAGUCUGCCAGAGAUGUCUUCAACAAAGGAUUUGGUUUUGGCCUGGUGAAAUUGGAUGUGAAAACAAAAUCUGCAAGUGGAGUGGAGUUUGCGACAUCCGGCUCAUCAAACACAGACACAGGCAAAGUGAAUGGAACCUUGGAGACUAAAUAUAAGUGGUCUGAGUAUGGUGUGACUUUCACAGAAAAAUGGAACACAGAUAACACUCUGGGAACAGAAAUGGCAAUUGAAGAUCAGAUUGCCAAAGGUUUGAAGCUGACGUUUGAUACAACCUUCUCGCCAAACACUGGAAAGAAAAGUGGCAAAAUAAAGUCUGCUUAUAAGCGUGAAUGCGUGAACAUUGGGUGCGAUGUUGACUUCGAUUUUGCUGGACCCGCCAUCCAUGGUGCAGCUGUCUUGGGUUAUGAGGGCUGGCUUGUUGGUUACCAAAUGACCUUUGAUAGUGCCAAAUCCAAGUUGACAAGGAAUAACUUCUCCGUGGGUUACAAGACGGGGGACUUCCAGCUGCAUGCCAAUGUCAACGAUGGAUCAGAAUUUGGCGGCUCAAUUUACCAAAAAAUCAGUGACAAACUCGAUACUGCUGUAAAUCUUAACUGGGCAGCAGGCACCAAUAGCACUCGUUUUGGAAUUGCAGCAAAGUACCAGUUGGAUCCCGCAGCUUCUGUUUCUGCAAAAGUGAACAACUCUAGUCUAGUUGGAGUCGGUUACACCCAGACUCUGAGGCCAGGUGUAAAGAUUACUCUGUCUGCCCUAAUUGAUGGAAAGAACAUCAAUUCUGGUGGCCAUAAACUUGGUUUGGCCUGGAGCUGGAGUCUUAAAAGGUGUGAGGAAAACUGCCGCAGGAAAUGGGACAUCCGAAGAAUAUGGCCUUAAAAUGUAAUUCCAGUAUGACCCGGAGACUUUUUUCCUCCUCAGAGGGAUGGCCUAGAACAAGAGCUGUAUUCAGAGUUGUUAGCUGGUUUUUAGUUAAAUUGGUUACCUACCUAGUUCUCAAUUCUGCAUUAGUGCAGUCACUACAUAAUACAUUAUUUAAAUGUAUUUAACUGUUGAAUGCGCUACCCACAAAUAAUGAAAUAGACUUUAUGAAAACCUGUACAAAUGUGUGCAUGUUAUGUUUCUUUUAACACAUGAUAUAGCCAUUGAAAUAACGAAAUGGAUCAGUGGAUGUUCUGAAAAGUGAGGUCAACAGUUUUGUUAAAAUCACCUUAAUUAGGAAUACUUUUCGUAUCCCAAGGCAACUCAAAAUUAUGAAUAAAACAAAUACACACACAUA